AUGUUUUCCCUCAACUCAAACGACCAUCGCAUCCCUGGACAAUUCAGCACUCCAUGCGUCAGAGCUCAAGUACAAGCACUGGGCAUCCCUGAGAUCAUUGACAGGGCUCGAUCGGCCGACUUCAGCAUAGCUCUCCCCUUUGGCCGGUUCAUUGCUUCAGCGGGCUUGCAUGUCAGGCUUGCUGGAAACGAACUCGAGACUGUGAGAUCAAUCUUUGGGGAAAAGCGAUGGCCGAGGAACGAGGCCGAGAUUGGCUCCACCAGCGUGCUAUUGAGUGAGAGGUGCUGGAUGGAGAUGGAAAAAUCGGGCGACGGCACUCCCACUCCGCCACAUUUCUAUCCAGACUGGAGACUCGGCCGCAUGUUCACUCAUCCCGAGCUGGUACACUCGUCCAGCGAGCGACUACUUUCUGCAACCGCCAAUCGGCCCAGAGACGAGAAGCAAGCCGGUAGAUUGGAUGCUCACUGCCCUCUUACUUGCUCUGAAGACGAGGCUUCCACCAUCGGUGCGGAUACCAGUUCGAGCAUAGCACAAAGAACCAGACAACGGAAAAUGGACAUGGAGGGGACGAAGAAGGAAGAUCCCGGCCGCCUCUUUUGGAUCAUUAUGGUCUACGCCUUCACCUUCGUCAUCCCGGACCUGUUCAUCCAUCGUUUGCAGCGCUCCUAAUAGUCCAGACCAAAAACUGGACUAUUAGUCCAAACUGCAGUCCAGACCAAUAGUCCGUGGACUAUUGGUCCAGUCUGCGUCUCUCGGAUUGGACUGACGGUCCAGUCCGCGUC